AUGGAGAACUUAGAUUGUCAAGCAUACCUUACAAGUUUCAACACUAUGUCUCGAUUGGUUCCUUACUUAAUCACGCCAGAACCAAAGCGUAUAGCUCGCCUUAUUGGGGGUCUAGCCCCAGAAAUAAAGGCAAGUGUGAAAGCAUCGAGACCUGCUACGUUCAGGUCAGCGGCCGACCUGUCGCUAUCUCUUACACUUGAUGUAGUCAGAAACAAGGCAGCCAAAGCCUCUGAAGACGGAAAGCGUAAAAGGGAGGAGGAGGAUUCUCAUCGCUCCGAUAAGAAGACAGAGAGGAACUCUGAGGAUAAGAAGAGUUCCGGGCUUAAGAAAGACAGCCAGCAGUCGGGUGAGAAGACCAGGUGUGAAACCUGUAGGAAAUACUACCUGGGGAAAUGCAGAUUUGGAUUUCAGCCUCUGCCUUGUGGGAUUUGCAAGUCUAAAGAACAUAAGACGUUGGAAUGCAAGAAGUUGAAGGAUGCAACCUGCUACGGUUGCAACAAAAAGGGGCAUAUAAAGACUAACUGCCCUAGAAAUCAGAAGAAGCCCGAAGAAGCCAAGAGAUCAAACGCAUGA